CCAAAAGAAGAUUCAGAUUUGUUCUUUCGCCCCUGUCUCUCUCUAUAGAUUCAUACCGGAAAACGGAAGAUAUGAUACAGCGAAAACUUCUGCUGCCGUUCUGUCUACUUUCGUCGCUUACGAGCGUGGCUGCCUUUUUCCAGAUCGGCCCUCCCCUCAUUCUACAAACACGAUCGACGACAACGACGACGACAUGCAACAAUGGUGAAAGCGUGAGCCUGGGCAUGGCUACAAAACGAAAAAAGAAAAAGCCGUCGAUGAAGGAGAAACUUCAACGAAGGCGCGAAAAGGCGAAGGGCGGACCGAAUCCUUACGCCGAUAUGGAAUCCCCGAAGUUCGAGAAGUUCAAUAAGGAAGACGAGAAGGAAGAACCGAUCAAGGUUGCCAAUCCCGAAGCUGCGGCGGAAAAAGCAAAGGAAUUACUCAAGGCACAGAGAGAUAGUGUGAACAUGCUGACUAUGGUCAAGGAGUGCAUCAUGGAUCGGUUGUCCCAGUCGGAAUUCCAGGCUACCCUGCAGGAAAAUGGAUUUGCGGUCGUCGAAGACUUUCUCGGUAGCGGCAGCGAUAAUAAUGACGAUAAGACAGCAUCACCUGCGUCGAUUCUUUCCCAGCUCCAAGAGGAGGGAUCACAAAUGCUAGAAAAAGGAGGUAUGGAGGUCGAUAUGGCCAACUUAGGAAAGGGUUUAUACAUCGCGCCCGUUGCUGGCGGAGAAGAGCAAUAUACAACCUGCCCCCGUAUGGUAGAAAUUGUGGUCAGUACUACAAAACACGUUCCCGAAGUGUUUGGAGAUGAGAGCAACGAAGCAGCAAAACCGCUCAAACUUGAUGCUUCCGCUUGCAUGGCAACACUGAGAACUUUUGACCGAAAGGCUCUGAAAGCUUCCACGGCGCUCCUGACGGGCAGCGAAAACGUUGACGAUGUGCUUGACAAAGUCAUUCCCUUUUCUAUUGUCGCAGAUCAAGUAGACGACCAACGAAAAUUAUCCCUGUAUUAUUAUAUCGUUCCAGACAACUGGGACAAAGCGUGCGGAGGUGGUCUCGAGUUUGAAUCAGGGGAGAAGUUUUAUGCCAAAAACGAUCGCCUUAUUGUCUUCUACUCGGACGUUACAAAGCAGAAGGAUAUUGCGUGGAGGGGAAGCGAUGACGCACCCGAAAAAAUGAUUGGAAACGUGCUUGAACUUCACCUAGUACGACCGAGGGUGUAACCAAUAGUAAAAAAAUAUUUGUGAC